AUGUUUCUGAAGGCGGGCGGAGGGAAAACGUCCCCCAGUGCGGGCCUAUGGGUCUGAUUGUGUAGUUCUGAUGGAGCCCCCUGUGAGCAAGAGGAACCCGCCAGGGCUCAGAUUAGCGGAUUUGGCAAUGGCUCAGGCCCGGCUGCCUCAGAAUAUGACAGGCUUCCCGGCGCUGGCCAGCCCGCCCGCCCACUCCCAACUUCGCGCCGCCGCCGCCGCGCACCUCCGCCCUCGAGACCCGGGCGCUGACCCCGGCGUGGCCGUCACCGCGCUCGGACCCGAGCACAUGGCCCAGGCGAGCGCGCCGGGCCUCAGCCCUCCCUCCCAGGCGCUCCCGGCGCAGCCCGAGGCUCCGGCGGCCACCGCCCGCGCUGCAGCCUCGGCCGCGCACCCCGGCGGCGGGGGCAGCAACCGCGCGCGGCCCUCCGCGCCCCCGCCCUCGGCCCCUCCCCUUGCUCGUCCCCCCUCCCCCCCUCCUCCUCCUGCCCUCUCGGGCUACACCACCACCAACAGUGGCGGCGGCGGCAGCAGCGGCAAAGGCCACAGCAGGGACUUCGUCCUCCGGAGGGACCUUUCCGCCACGGCCCCCGCGGCGGCCAUGCACGGGGCUCCGCUCGGAGGGGAGCAGCGGUCGGGCCCCGGCUCCCCCCAGCACCCGGCCCCGCCUCCCCACUCGGCCGGCAUGUUCAUCUCGGCCAGCGGCACCUACGCGGGCCCGGACGGCGGCGGCGGCCCGGCGCUCUUCCCCGCGCUGCACGACACGCCGGGGGCCCCCGGCGGCCACCCGCACCCGCUCAACGGCCAGAUGCGCCUGGGGCUGGCCGCGGCGGCAGCAGCCGCGGCGGCCGAACUGUACGGCCGCGCCGAGCCGCCCUUCGCGCCGCGCUCGGGGGACGCGCACUACGGGGCGGUGGCGGCCGCUGCAGCCGCCGCCCUGCACGGCUACGGAGCCGUGAACUUAAACCUGAACCUGGCGGCGGCGGCGGCCGCGGCUGCAGCCGGGCCCGGGCCCCACCUGCAACACCACGCGCCGCCCCCGGCGCCGCCGCCGCCGCCGGCGCCCGCGCAGCACCCGCUCCAGCACCACCCCCACCUCCCAGGGGCGGCCGGGGCCUUCCUGCGCUACAUGCGGCAGCCAAUCAAGCAGGAGCUCAUCUGCAAGUGGAUCGACCCCGACGAGCUGGCCCGGCCGCCGCCGCCGCCGCCCCCGGCCGGCGGCGCCAAGCCCUGCUCCAAAACUUUCGGCACCAUGCACGAGCUGGUGAACCACGUCACGGUGGAGCACGUGGGCGGCCCCGAGCAGAGCAGCCACGUCUGCUUCUGGGAGGACUGUCCGCGCGAGGGCAAGCCCUUCAAGGCCAAGUACAAGCUCAUCAACCACAUCCGCGUGCACACCGGCGAGAAGCCCUUCCCCUGCCCCUUCCCGGGCUGCGGCAAGGUCUUCGCGCGCUCCGAGAACCUCAAGAUCCACAAGCGCACUCAUACAGGGGAAAAGCCUUUCAAAUGUGAAUUUGAUGGCUGCGACAGGAAGUUUGCCAAUAGCAGUGAUCGAAAGAAACAUUCCCAUGUUCACACCAGUGACAAGCCCUACUACUGCAAGAUUCGAGGCUGUGACAAAUCCUACACUCACCCGAGCUCUCUGAGGAAGCACAUGAAGAUUCACUGCAAGUCUCCACCACCUUCUCCAGGAACCCUUGGUUACUCAUCAGUGGGGACUCCAGUGGGUGCCCCCUUGUCCCCUGUGCUGGAUCCAGCCAGGAGCCGCUCCAGCACUCUGUCCCCUCAGGUGACCAACCUCAAUGAGUGGUAUGUUUGCCAGGCCAGCGGGGCCCCUAGCCACUUCCACACAACUUCCAGCAACGGAACCACCUCCGAGUCUGAAGAUGAGGAAAUUUAUGGGAACCCUGAAGUUGUGCGAACGAUACAUUAG